AUGAAAACUACCAACAGCCAAGGUAAGAAUAGAGGAUUGUUAAAACGAUUUUUAGUUCACUUGUCUUUAAAAAAUUGCUCAAAUGAAUGAUAUAAAUUAAGGGUUAUAAACUCAACGGUUUUUAUAAAUGAAGGGUGUUUCUGGGUCAGGAUCAGGGUGUAGGGAAGGCUUUCAAAGACCCAUUUGUGGUAGCCGGGGAGGGAUUACACAGGGGCUCAAAUGUCUUCGGUUGGAAACAUUUCGCAAGAUAGGUUUGCACAUCUUUAGUUGUAAGCAUGAAGCAUUUAGUGCAUUUUACUGCAUGAAGCAUUUACACACACACUUUAUGACUGUUAAAUCCCUUUCACAUAAACGGGAUUAAAUUUCCUAAUAAACGUGGUUAGGAUCAGCUGCGGAAAACGAUGGCAGGCAUAGAAAUAAGAGCGUAAACGUAUUACCUAAAAUUCUAUGGUUUGUUUUCAUUCAAGCCUUGUUCAGAGUAACCGGAGGUUUAUUUAAAGGCCACAAAGUGCGUGGAAAUCAAUGUCCUGUAAAAAGCGAAGGCUUUGCCCUUCUGCGCUCGGCCGGGUGGGUGGUCAGCGGGGCGCUUGAAAGAAUUGCCACUGAAGCCGGGGGUCGUUUUACGCAGUGUAACCUCAGGCAGCGCCCGUUUCUGGGGGAAAGUGCAGGCGAUGCAGCCCCGAGCUUUCCAUGUCGGGAGGAACAUCGGCAAGCGUCGCUUCUGUUUAAGCCGAGCGCUUCCUUCAGAUUUGCCUCUUUGUCUUUUCCCAGGAGGAAGCUACCCCAAAGUGGGAGGAGAUAGAAGAAAAAGGACCGUUUUUAGCCCAUCUCACGUCGAGCUCCUAAAAAAGUCCUUUGAAGAGAACCAGUACCCCGGAUACGGGACUAGGGAGGCGCUGGCGAGGUGCAUCGGAGUCGAAGAAGAUCGUGUGCACGUAAGAAUCGGGAUGGUGGGGGCUCCCAAGACUUCCCUAAACCGCACAUACUGGAACAAUUUGAAGCGCUCCGCAUAAUCCUUGCGUAGUUGGUUCACCCGGGUGCCUCUCAGCUUAUCGCGAAAGGCGCCUUGUUCAAGAGCUAACUUCCUCUUUCUUGGGUUUUUUUGGGGGGGAGGGUGUAUCGUGGAUGUAAAAGCUUUAUAAUUAACAGUAACUGGAGAUUAUGUACAUGGGAUAUAUGAAUGCGGAGCUGAAGAGAGGAGAAAAAUGCUGCAGAGAACUAAAGAGAAACCCCAGAGGAAUAAGCAUAAUUUAUUAAAUGUAAUUCUCUGUUGGAUCAAAAAGACAUAUUCAUGGUAACAAUGUCUUCUAUAUUCACAGAACAUAAUGCAUAUAUGCCUUUCACACAACACAAGACAAAUUAAUGUAGGUUCUCCCACUGUCAUACGCUAAUCUUUGCUUGGUUGUUGUACCUGAAAGUGAAAUUAUGACCUACCUGUUUGGAAAUAAUGGGCAUUUCGUUCUCUCCUUUCUUCUGUUCAGAUCUGGUUUCAAAACAGAAGGGCCAGAACACCAAAGAGGAUUGGUUCCAGGAUAAGGAUCGGGAACCAUGCUGCAGCUCCUUAUAGCCACAGUGAGAGAAUCCGUCCAAGAAGCAGCCUGGACAGCAGCCCAAGAAGCAGUCCAGGAAACAGCCAAAAUAUUCACACGGAACAAUACUACCAGCCACAGAACUUGCAUUAUGCUGAAAGCAAUAGAGGAGCAGGGUUGUGGCAGCCACCUCUCAACAGCACGCAACCAGGAGAGCACCUCUCUGCCCCGCAACAGCAGAGCUCCCUGGAAUUGAACCCUGCUUAUUACCAGCAAGCUGCUUUUUGUGGAACUGGGCUUUAUGAGACUUCCCAGGCGAGCAACUGCCCAGUUCCAUAUUACGGUGCGGAGAUGGUGAGGCAGCCUCCACCAUCAGCUGGGAACUUCUUCAUGGCAUCAAGCAGUUAUACUCCCUGGUCUGCAACGGGGAAUUAUUCAGCUACAAAUCCUGGACAAAUGCAGAAUGUUGAUGGAAGUGCUUCGGACUCUCAGUUUUUCUCUUUAAGUCAGGUUCCAAAUUAGCAUCCCAACUCCUUCCUUGCUAUCCUGUACAUAUUUUACAAGCUCCCUCUUUUAAUGCCUUUUAUUGUAUUACUUUGAUAUUUUGAAUAAAGUUUGUUCCUUUACUAGCUUGUCUGCAGUCUUGAUUUAAUUUUCCAUUUACUGAAACAUUCACUUUCCUGUGUGCAAGCAUAUAAACAUGGGCUUAAUUUUCCAUAGAAAAAAGUCAGUUGUGAGGUACAUGUGGUUCUAGAGAUAAAAGGUCAGGUCUCCCCCCCCCCCCAGGUUAAUUCCCCCCACCCCAAGGUUUCUGGUCUACUGCCUUCAAUGAAGCUUUAUGGGAGGGUUGCCUGUGAACUAGAGGUACCACUGUAUAUGCCUGAGGGAAGAUAGCCGCGCCCUGUGGUGGCGCCUGGAGACCGGCUACGAGAUAAUUCUUAAGGGCUUCCCUCUCGACACUGUCUUCCCUUAUUACGUUCCCGCAGAAUCAGCGCUUUAACGAACGUCUUGCCGGGGCAACGGGGGGGGGGGCCUUCCCGCUCCUCUUUCUGGUCCCAACGGCUGCCCAUCCCCCACUCCCUCUCGCUUCGCCUCAUAGAAUCAAGGUUGGCGCCGCGCGCCAUUUUUCGCUCAAACCGCCCCCGCGCAUGCGCCCCCGCCUGUCCUGCCUUCGCGCCUUUUGGCCACGGCUUCCCCUGCGGCGUCGCCUUGGCCGCCCUCCUCCUCCUCCUCCCUGGUCUCCCCGCUUCUCCCCCCGUCCCCUCGGUCUCCUCUUCGCUCCCUCUUCACACAAUGACCCACCCCACCCCGCAGGGGGGACCCACCCGUGAGGCGAGAUAAGCGCAUUAGCAUGUCUGGCCUCUGAGGAAGGCUGCCCCCUCUCGCCUUCCCUUCUGGUCCUUUCAUUCCUUCAUCCUUCUGCUCCCCUCUGGCCCCUCCAGGCUCAGCGCGGGGGGCGGGCGGGGCGGCUGGGCUGCCCUAAAUCCGCCUCUACUUGGAAGUUUUUUCUCUCUCUUUUAUUUUUGGUUGAUCAUGUUUUGUAAUUAUUAUAAAUCAAGACAGAUCCAUUUAGUCAGAAAUAAGUCCCUCUCAAUCCCGCCUCUGCUUGGGGUCCCCUGCGGCCCCUCCAGGCUGGGGAGGGGGGGGCUGGGCUGCCCUAAAUCCGCCUCUGCUUGGGAGCUGGAUCUUCCUCACUUCCACUUCUACCCCACUCCAAAUCUGCCUCUACAGCAGCUUCGGGGCGAAGAGGAGGCGCCACUGGUCUCUUCCCGCCUUUCUUCGCCAUUUGAUCUUGAUCCCCCAACAAUCUCCAUUCUCCUUCUUCCUGGGGGCCAGUUUUGGGACUCGUCUCAGGGGACCAAAUGUCUUGGGCCGGCCCUGCUGACCCCCCUGCAGGAGUAAGUCUGGCCAAGGUGGCUGGGACGUCAGCUCAGGCAAAUGCAACCCAGGGAGGAUUUCACCCUGAAGCCUGUGCCCCUUUUCAUCUUUGCCUCCUUUCUGAACCUGCCCCUGGGAAUUCGGCUGGUGUUUCUCUCCCUCCUCCAUAAGGAAAGCCCUGAGCACUAGCAUUCCCUGGGCGGUUGCCAGAUGCUGAGGGGUGAGCACUCUGCACAUGCCUGGGAGUAAACCAUCUACCAGCGUCUGUUAGAUUCCCUUAGGUGAGAGAAAGGGUUUCUAGAGUGAUAGCCCAGUAGGUGCCUCCAGAACUCAUUGGAGGAAGACUAAAUGGUGACCACCACAGCCCUGUCGAAAACGAGGACACAGAUAUCAUUCAAUGGGUCUGUGCUAAUGUAGGUAAUAUUCAUCUGUAUGUUUUGAAGUAUGGUUGAUUCCCACCCCCCUCAAUUUUAUUAUUUUAUCUGUUAGUAAACCACGUUUUACAAUCAAGUGGUGUAUACAUUUAAAGAAAUAAACAAAUGGCCAAAGGCAACUUAAAAACAAUUACUGUAAUUUAAAUAGAAAUAUCAUACUUCUCACCGUAUUUAGGUGACCUGAAUGCCUGCUUAGUCUGCUGUCCAAAUGCUGACUGUUGGUGGGCAUUUGUUUGAAAACUGCAGCUAGACUAUAAAGCCUUUCAAAGAAUGGUGUGUCUGCUAUGUCUCUGUUCCAGCACUCUUUUGUUUAAUCAAAUUUCCACUAUACUUUUCUUCAACAAGGCUACACUUUCUGAAAAACAACCUACUCACAGUAGGCUUCAGAACCCACAAAGUUGCUGUCUAACAACCUGCAGAUUGACACACUCACACAUUAAUUAAUUAAUUAAUUAAUUAAUUAUAGAUCGUUCCAAAGAGCACCCACAUUGAAGUAUGAUUUCCGGUAAAAUAACUUAUGGUGAAAAGAAUCUUUAGGCAAUCUUAAUGCAUGGAAGCGUUAUGGGUAUUUAAAAGAGCUUAGAUGGUUAUUUGAAGCUUGCUCUUUUAAAAUAUACAUUGAGCUUUUGAAGGAAAUGUCAAGACACAACUCCAGUUUUUCUGAUAUCUGCAGGCAUAACACAUUGCCCACAGUCAAAUUGGACUUAUUUGAGUAAUAUAAUAAUUUUAAUAUUUGAAACGGAAAUGAGAUGAAGUGGGUGUCGAUCCGGGAGAGAGAGCUUUAUUGGCAGUAGCACCCCAGCUAUGGAACAGCCUCCUCAGUGAGCCUUUCCUGGUGCCUUCUUUAUCUUCUCUAAAUCAUCUAGUGAAGACCUUUUGGUUCACCCACAUGGUUUAAUUCUUUAUUGAAGCUUGGGUGUUUUAUACUCUCUGUGAUGCCAUCCAUAUAAGUUGCAAAAGAUGUUUUUGGUUCUCUUUUAUCUUUGGUUGAUCAUGAUUUUUAAUUAUUAUAAAUCAAGACAGAUCCAUAUAGUCAGAAAUACGUCCCUCUCAAUCCCUACCAUUUCAUUUACUUAUGUUCUGGGAUUUGGCGCCCAGAAUCUUAAAAUUCAUUAGGAGAUCUGCCCCUGAUUCCAAGCUACUCUGUGUAUAACAUAGGCAAAAUGACAGAAUCUACAUGCUAGAACAGCUUUAGAGAGAUAGAUAAAUGUAAUACAAUAGAUAAAAGGCAAGAUUAAAACAACUCCCAAUUGAGAUCAAAAAGCUAAGGUUGGAGGAUAAAACCUGCAAUAAGAACAAGAUACAAAGCUGAAACUAAAUCUAAAUGUCUUCACCCGACACAUACAAAAACAUCAAAGUGAUGUCUCUGUGAGUGGAAGGUGCGGGAUUUAUUUCCCCACAUCCAUCUCUCUGAAAGAGGGAAAGAGUUGAGUGGUGGUGAAGAGAGGGCAUCAUUCCGCAGCAGAGACUGCUAAAUAAGAGGGAGUCACCUUUUCUUUCAGUUGUUUUGCUAAACUGAGUCAAUCCCCUCCCUCCCUCCCUGGCCACCCCUUUGGCCGUUGACUCUUCGGCCGACAGUAAUAACCAAUUGACUUUGACCUACUUUAGUCUGUGAUUUCGUCCUUAGCCCUUGGUUUUAAGCAAUGGUUCCAACCUUAAACUGCUGUUGAUUCCAAGAAACGACAGACUAGCUGAGGUCGUUUAUUGCAUUUUAAAUUGUAUUCACUGCAUGUGAAAAAGCAAUAAAAUACAUUUUCAAAACCGGCGUUGAUAUGCUUAAUAUUUCGCUGUUGGCCCGUUUCGAGCAGUGGUUCCAACCUUAAACUGCCAAGUCAGUGCAAGUAACUACGCCACAACUGAAUAAAGUGGCGUGUCCCACACCUGCAUCGUACAUAAAUCACACUUGCGGUCCAACCAAAGAACACGCCCCCCCUUUACAAGGUUGCACACCCUUCGUAUCUGAAACGGAAUGCAAUCCCAAUGCAAUCCCUUCUCCGUGGGUUUGAGGGACUGACACAACAGCCCUGCAAUGCAAGUCUGUCGCAGCUCAAAGGCUGGGGGUUAGGUUGCUCUCGGUUUCCUACCCAAAAUCCCUAAUAGAAGGUCAGCCUUAUUGAAACUGCCCUAUUAGGCGUCCUCCCAGUGUUAAUUCAACACUUCAACACGUAUUUCCGAACAGAAACCUGACCUCCUGGUCCGUGUGUUUCAGUAGCCAUGAAGUUUAAAUGUUCAUUAAAACAACCAUCAGCAAAGCGCUAAUAUCAAAUUGGCAUUGCUACUGUUCAUAUUAGGAAGCUACUUUGUGGUACAUUCUGCUUUGAAAUUUGUCAAAUUAUAAUUUAUGCGGUGAAACAUUGUGAUCUUUGAAUCCUGGAGGAGAAAGGGACAUAAUGUAUAAACGAACUAGUAGUAGGUUGAAACGCAGCUAUGUAUUUGAUACCUCAACUAUGCUUGCUUGUUUUCCUUUCCUCGUCCUCCUACAAAUAAACCCAAUUAUAUGUUCUUAUGGUUUUUAUUUACUGAAUUUAUACGCCUUUCGGAGCCCACAUCGGCAAACAGAAACAGUACACACUUUAAAAACAAAAACAAAGCAAAAACAUUCUAAAACAUUUCGAACAUUUAAAAAAUAACAAUUGCAAACACCUAAAAACAAUUUCAGUUAGGAAGAAUCCUAAAAGUAACUAUAGGAGGUUUGUUGGUUUGUUUUUUCAACUAUUCUUCUGCCCGCUGAUCUCGGGGUUGUCAGGAACAUUAUUCUGCAGCCACCAAAUGCCUGAACAAACGGGAAUAUUUUCAAAUUCCUAAUGAAACGCAAUAAUGAUGAAGAGAGAGAGCUUUCCGCAACCGGGGAACCUCUUUAAAUGGGCUGGCCGUCCAGAUCGAAUUAAAGCAAAUUAAACCAACUACAACGGCACUGUCGUCUUAUUUAUUUAUUUGGGUUUAUAAAAGAUUAACAUACGAAUCCUAACUUGCAGGUACCAGCUUGGAAAAGGCAUUCUUGGUGCAAGGAACUCCUCUUCUAAGAUGGCGGGUGACCUUGAAUAUCCAAUGCACCGUUUUUAAAAGAACGUAAGCUGUUUCCUAAGUCUUCAAAACUAGCGAAAAAUGAAUGCAAAUUUAAUCAUAUGUUAAUAAAAUAUAGCUUGCUUACAUAGCUUAGAUUUCUUUCUUCGGUUGCCUCCGCUCUUAUGUAUACAGUAUUAUUCGCAUUUGAUACGAUUGCUGGCAGUUGCCAGAGCCUCCAUCCAAGGCGAUGUACUAAUUUAUUUAGACGGCAGAGGCUGAAAUGAGGGGUAUUGGAAUUAAGUUGUUCCAAGCUUCUUUGUCGAUAUGAAAAAAAUUAUACUUGGUUCUUUUUAGAACAACAACAAAACCUUUUUAAAAAGGAGAGUACCCGUUUAAGAUACGAAGUGUGUGCUAAAGUGUGUGUGGGGGGUUCUUUGGUUGGACCUCGCAAGUGUCAUUUUUGUACAAUGCGGGUGUGGCGUGGCAAGAAACGGGGUAGUAGGCGCCCGAAAGAUAUAUCUCUCCCUCCCUCCCUCCCUCUCUCUCUCUCUCUCUCUCUCUCGCUCUCUCUCUCUCUCUCUCUCUCCCUCCCUCCCUCCCUCUCUCUCUCUCUCUCUCUCUCUUCCAUUCAGAUGAAGAGUCAAUUGCCAAAGGGGGGUCGACGGAGGGAGGGGUUUGAGCCAGUUUGGCAAAGCAACUGAUUUUUGAAAGAGAAUGUAACUGUUUCUAUUGGUUGAGAAGCAAGGGUGAAACGCAAAAAUGAUGAAGACGGGGCAGCAGACUGGGAGGGCAUUCCUCAACCGGGAAACCUCGUAUUGGUAGAGAAGUAAGGGUGGGGUGACUCCCUCGUAUUGGUUGAGAAGUAAGGGUGGGGUCGCCCAACGGAGAUAAAUGCCCAGACUGAAUCCCCUGCAGAGUGAACGAACCAGAGGGAGUUUUUUUCAUGAUGGCAACCAACAAGGAAGGUAAGAGAAACUUUUAAAAAAAAUGAUUAUUAAGCCCUGAGCUUUCCAUGUCGGGAGGAACAUCGGCAAGCGUCGCUUCAGUUUAAGCUUGCCCAGCGCUUCCUUCAGAUUUGCCUCUUUGUCUUUUCCCAGGAGGAAUCUACCCCAAAGUCGGAGGAGAUAGGAGGAAAAGGACCGUUUUCACCCCUGCUCAAAUCGAGCUUUUAAAGAAGGAGUUUGAAAAGAACCAGUACCCCGGAUACGAGACCAGGGAGGCGCUUGCGAGGUGCAUCGGAAUCGAAGAAGAUCGUGUGCACGUAAGAAUCGGGAUGGUGGGGGCUCCCAAGACUUCCCUGAACCGCACAUACUGGAACAAUUUGAAACGCUCAGAAUAAUCCUUGCGUAGUCGAAGGCCUUAGUUCUCCCGGGUGCCUCUCAGCUUUUUUUGGGGGGGGGGUGUAUCGUGGAUGCAAAGGUUUUUUGUAAAGGGUGGGUGGGUUGUGCUCCCUCCUUUUCAAAUUUAGGAAGAAAUUGUGCCCAUACUUGUUCAGAAAUCAUGGUUCCUGAUUAAGGCUUCUUUUUCCUUCCCAGUAAAUUUAUGCAUAGCACACAUUCAUUUAAUGCAGAUUCUGAGUUUUCUGAGAUUCUGACCCCAAACAGGGCAGAACAAAUGGGUAGGUCUUCUGAGUGAGGUAUUUAAAAUUAGUAUUACUAUAUUUAUGGAAUUUUUAAAACAAUUGCCUUCCAGCACAAAUGCACACAGAGAUGUUAAGUCUUGUAUGCAGGCAUCCACUUGGCAUUAACAAAUGCUUGGCAAUUUCUUACAGAUGAAGCUCACAUCCACAGGUUAUACUUCACUAAAGAAAGUCUUGUGGAACUGUACACUUGUGCAGCUUUUAAAGGUGGCUUUUUCUGAUACUGCAGAACAAAAUACAGCCAAAUAGCAGUAUUUAGUCACUCCAACUUAGAAGCUUUAUGAUUAACAGUAACUGGAGAUUAUGAACAUGGGAUAUUUGAAUGCGGAGCUGAAGAGAGUAGAAAAAUGCUGCAGAGAACUAAAGAGAAACCCCAGAGGAAUAAGCAUAAUUUAUUAAAUGUAAUUCUCUCUGUUGGAUCAAAAAGACAUAUUCAUGGUAACAAUGUCUUCUAUAUUCACAGAACAUAAUGCUUAUAUGCCUUUCACACAACACAAAACAAAUUAAUGUAGGUUCUCCCACUGUCAUACACUAAUCUUUGCUUGGUUGUUGUACCUGAAAGUGAAAUUAUGACCUACCCGUUUGGAAAUAAUGGGCAUUUGGUUCUCUCCUUUCUUCUGUUUAGAUCUGGUUUCAAAAUAGACGAGCCAGAACACCAAAGAGGAUAGGUUCCACGAUAAGGAUCGGGAACCAUGCUGCAGCUCCUUAUAGCCACAGUGAAGGAACCCGUCCAAGAAGCAGCCUGGACAGCAGCCCAAGAAGCAGUCCAGGAAACCUCCAAAAUAUUCAUAUGGAACAAGAUUACCAGCCACACAACUUGCAUUAUGCUGAAAGCUAUGGAGGAGCAGGGUUGUGGCAGCCAUCUCUCAACAACACGCAACCAGGAGAGCACCUCUCUGCCCCGCAACAGCAGAGCUCCCUGGAAUUGAACCCUGCUUAUUACCAGCAAGCUGCUUUUUGUGGAACUGGGCUUUAUGAGACUUCUCAGGCGAGCAACUGCCCAGUUCCAUAUUACGGUGCGGAGAUGGUGAGGCAGCCUCCACCAUCAGCUGGGAACUUCUUCAUGGCAUCAAGCACUUAUACUCCCUGGUCUGCAACGGGGAAUUAUUCAGCUACAAAUCCUGUACAAAUGCAGAAUGUUGAUGGAAGUGCUUCGGACUCUCAGUUUUUCUCUUUAAGUCAGGUUCCAGAUUAG